UGUUGCGAUAUUAGACAGACAAUACUUCGGAGAAAAUCGUCUUUAUAUCUUAGUUUUGGGUUAUUUACCGUCUAAUGUGUCUAGUUCGCGUUUUUUUAUAUAUUUGUAGCCACAGGUUAGACGUUGUGAAACUAUGAAAAAAUAGAGAAAACCAGCUGUGUCCGUUUCAUAACUGUUAAAGUAAAAUGGAAAGGAGAUUUUUGAGCAACAACCGUAACACCACAAAGACGGAUCUCACUUUGCUGCUGGAAUGUCUAAAGUUUCAGAUGAAAUGUCCAGAUUUACAGAAGCAAGCACUUCUCACUAUACACUCCAUCUGUGAAAAGAAAGAGGAUAAUGUGGAUUUGCUGAGAGAGCUAGGUGGCGUGACAUUUCUGUAUAAUCUGUCCAAAUCCAGUGUUGUUCAUUCGGAUGUCAAGGAGACGGCCCUCUUUACUCUUGGCACACUAGCUGAAGCUAAUGUCUACUGCAAGCAUUCGCUGUGCAGAAAGGAGAUAUUCAUGGACAUUGUCAGACUCUUGACUCAAGAAGACGCCUCACUGAAUCAGAAGAGGGUGUCUGUCUACUUGCUGUUUGUUCUGGUUUCACAAAACAAAUCAGGGCAGACUUUAGCUCAAACUACAGGCUGUCUGGAAACUCUGAUGGAACUUUUCAGGUCUACCUUCCCCUUCUCAGCAGUGGAUAAUUUGAGAAAUGUCAACCAAAACUACCAACUCUGGGCUUCUGUGUCCAUUGCUCUCUGCGGAUGUGUCAACAAUCCUCAGAAUGAGGAAGGUCAGCGGGUUUGCGUGGCAGCCUUUCCCAUCGUAAAAACAUGGCUUCAACAGAUUUCUGUGCCCUCAACUGAAACCUUUCAGCCCAUAUGCUCUUUUAUCGCCAUGACAGUUUCCAGCAAUGCUUAUGUACAGGAGAGUUUUGCUGCCUGCGGCGGUUUGGAAACUCUUACAGUCGCACUGCUUCGCAUCGUGUCUACCUCAGAUACAAGCUUGUUGUCUCGUCAGGUGUCUGUCAUUAUAGUCAAGACCUUGUCAGCUUGCAUUGCUGAUAACUCCACUCUGGCAUCAGGUUUGGCUCAGUAUGACCUAGUGAACCACCUCUUCUUUCUGCUGGCCAGCACACAUUUAGACCCUGAGGACAGACUCUCGGUUUUACUUACCAUUGGGGAGUGCACUGGGGCCUCUGUGGAGCACCAGUCUCAGCUGGUGGGUUGUGGAGGCGUGCCGCUUAUGAUAACCUUUCUCACAGAGGACUCAAGCGAGGAAGUAAAAAGGGCAGCUACCUUCAUACUGCAGACUUGCAAAAAGGCCACGUUGAGCUUGGGAGUGCAGGGCCUGGUGGAAAAGCAAGUUGAAAUUGAGGAUCCUCUUCUAAUUAUGGAAAGGUUUAGGAGUUCAGCCAGAGAAAUGCUGCGCAAGAUUGAACAGUUAGAGAAAAGACAGCUGGAGGAAGUUAAAGAGGAGCAAGAAACCAAAAUGACUGGAGCAGACCCUAUGCGUUUUGUUGACAGAAGAGGGAUCUGCAUGUCUUCUGAAGUUCAGUCACUAGAGGGAGGCAACGAGUCACAUGCAGAGAGGAAAUCCCUGUUUAGACCUCCUUUGUUGCAGACAAAACCAGAAGAGAUUACAGGCUCUGAUGAAGUUGAGAACAGUGACUUAAAGAGGAUGAGGAAAGCAACAGACUACCGGUCAGUCUCUAAUGGCCGGUGUGCAGGUUGUGUCUUAACUUUUGAAGACGUGACAAGUCGGACUUUUGCAUCGUUUCAAAGCUCCUGUGAGAACAGCUGCGACAUGCAUCGAGUUCUACAGGAGGCUACAGAGCGAUUCAGAAUGAGUCACCUCAACUGCGGGGUUAGGCAAGAUCAGAAGAGUGUCGCUGCUGGGCAUGCAGACCCAAGCUCUGCAAAGGCGCCAACACCAACGCUGCAAAGAAGCUGUGAAAAACUGUGUGGUUUGGAACAUAAGCCAAAAGACAAAAAAUACACAAGAACAGAACCGAGCUACUCAACUGGGACUGACAAAAGUUUUCUGCCACAACACACUUGGAGGAAGCAUAAGGGUUUCACUUUGACCCCCCUGUAUAAAACAACCAGCCAAGUGGCACACACCUCCCAGACAAGGAUAGGUCCAAGCUUCACUCCCCUAAAAAGGUCACAACUACCUGAAGCCAUCCAUCCAGCACACAUGUGAUCGGGAGAAGAGAGAGUGAGGACCUCAGCCAUGAAGUCCGAAACCAGCUUGUUGAAGUAAAGAAAUAUGGCUACUUCUGGAUCCCCAUCUUACAGUCAUAUCGUUUCCAACCUGGAUGCAGCAAUGUUGAUGUGGCCAAAAUAUACAAGAGGCUGGUGAAAAAGUUAAGGUUAUAAAAUGGUGGGAUUUUCAAAUGUCCUUUUAGAUUGUAUUGAAAUCUUAUCUUCCUGUUUUCCAUUGGAAGUAUAAAACAUUCUAUGCUGUGUAAUCUUUCUAUUCUGAUUCAUCUUAUUUAAUAAAGUCUUACUCUGUUUCUUUGUAGAAAACUUAUUUUAAGUGAACAUAUAUAGCAAUAUAUGACCUUUCUUUUUUAAUUGUAUAGUACAGUAAGUAUUUAUUUUGUUUGUAUUACAUCACAUAUGGUUCUAUGUUCUAAUA